UACCAUCAUAUGAAAACCAGUUAGAACGCGUAUCGGGCGUGUGUUGGCAACGGAUAACGCGUCGAUUGCAUUCAAACGGGUUCACAUUGCACUUUUACAUUUAAAGCAAGCAAAUACUCUUUUCAUAUAUAAUCUCAAUUAAUAAAUAAAUAAUUGCAAAACAAAAAAAAAAAGCACCAUUAUGUCAUUAAUACCAUUUAUAAUGGAUUUGGCUGAUGAGCUACAUGAAAUUAAUCGCUGCUUUGGUACCGGUGAUGUUAGUGAUGACUUUUGCUUCGGUAUCUAUCCCCAUGACGUACACCAACAGCAAUGUGUACAACAAAAUCAUCAAUUACGUCGUCCUCGCACUAUUUCCCAAUACUGUUGUCUGCCCAGCACAAAGCAGCGUCACCAUCCUUACAAUCGCAAUAAAUUUUGCUGUGGAAAGUCUGCUGUAGCUCAAUUAAACGACAGUGAAAAGGAAAUUAAUAUUGUUGGUGAUAAAGAUAUAUCACAGUCAGCUAAAUCGGCAUAUUCUGUAGUUAAUAAAAAUGGAUUUCAAGUAAGCAUGAAUGUGAAGCAGUUUUCACCAAAUGAGUUAACUGUUAAGACAAUCGAUAAUUGCAUUAUUGUCGAGGGACGUCAUGAAGAGAAGGAGGAUGGACAUGGUGUUAUCUCACGACAUUUUAUACGAAAAUAUAUGCUACCGAAAGGUUACGAUCCUAACGAAGUGCUUUCGACUUUAUCUUCGGAUGGUAUACUUACGGUGAAGGCACCACCACCAGCACCAACAAAAAGUAAUGAACCCUUAGAACGCAUCAUAGACAUACAGCAGACUGGACCAACCCAAUCGUCUGUAAAAGAUUCGCCGGGCAAAGAACAGGCGAAAAUCACAACAACAGCAACAUCAGUUACAACUUCUAUUCCUACUCCAUUGCAACAGCCAGCAAAAGAUAUGCAGAAGCAGCAACAUCAACAGCAACAACAGCAGCAGCAACAACAGCAGCAGCAGCAGCAACAACAACAAAAACCACAAGAGAUAAAUGAGCAAAAUGGUGAUACCAACAACAUCAACAGCACAUCCAAUGAAAUGGAUGUUGAACAGACUGAACCAGAAAAAAUUGUCUCACCACCCCCCAUUGAAGAAGAAGCAAUACUCAAUUCCAAUAAAGUCAACGAUUCUCCAGCAGACGUUGAUGGUGAAGUUGACGCAGAAGCAGACGCUGCCACCGACGCCGACGCCGACAUGACUGCUGCCACUACCGCUGAGGAUACAGCAAAUACAGAAAAUGAGAACACUGACAAUAUUGGCAGUAACGAUAGCAGCAGCAUCACCACCACUACCACCACCACAACCAACACUACCAAUAAUACUACUGACAAUGGCAUUGCUGACAUACCAACUGAUAUUCCAGCUGCAGCUAUUCCAACUGAGGUUGCUGCCGCUGCCGCUAUCGCUGACGUUGAUAUGGAGGUUGCUGUUGAGAAAGCAGUAGUUGACGGUAUUAUAACAGCAAGCCAAGUAAAUGAAGAGACUGCUGCUGCCGUUGUGGAUGGUGACACAAAGCAAACAGCUAUGGCAGACGAAUUAGUGCUCUUGGCCAAAAAGCAGUGUGAAAAUGGAAAUGCUGUAACCGAAGAAGUUGCCAACUAAACUAGAAGUGAAGAAAACGGAAGGAGAGACAAAAAGAACAUUCAAAUAAAACUCAUACAAGACUAUAAUUGCAGAAGGGUUACGUUCAGCCAUGUGCGAACAACCGUCAAUUCCUAUUUUAAUUAAAAUUUUAUUUUAUAAUUUUAUUUUAAAAUUAAUGCAUUUUUUCAGGUUUAGUCACAUAAUAUUAAAUAAUGAAUGAAAACAAAUAUUAUUAUUAUAAAUAUAAGAACAUAUAAUAAUUUAUAAAUGAUUUAUUCAACUACAUAAUAAUGUUAAAAAUAUAUAUGAUUAUAAUAUAUUUGUAGUAGUAUGUAUUAAAUAAUUAUGGUACAUACACGCAUAUGUGUACUGAAAAGUGCAUAAUAAAAUUUUUGCAAUAAAUAAAGUAUGCGACGUACUGAAGAAUCCCAUUAAA